AUUAAUACUUAAUUCUUUUUUACACUCUUUAUUAACUGAUUUGAGUUGCACACUUGUUGUGUGAGGAGAAUUGGAUGAUUUAGAAUAAAAUUGAAUAGUUUUAAUCAAUUUCUCUGCAAAAAAUUGAUUUAUUUUUUGUCAGUUUUUCUCUCAAAAACUGUCAUAUCAUCUGAUUUAUUAUCAAUUGAUAUCAUACUUUUCCUCACUGUAUCCCAAGAAAGAGAUUGUAAAGAUUUUAUUGAUUUAUCUUAAAAAUCAAUUUUAGUUUAUUAGAUUCUCUUCAAAAAUCUAACCUAGUUACUGAACUAGUGUGAAAAAAAUCAGGUGUUUUAUACACAAAAGUCUUUUAUUCUUCUUUUGAAACAGUCUGACCAACUUUUCAAUUGAAAACAGACUUAGAAAUAUCUCAAUUGAAACAGUCUGACCAACUUUUCAUUGAGUGAAAACAAUGAGUUCAAAAAUACGCUCAGUUGAUGUGGAAAAAGAUGCUUUCUCAAAUGCUAUUCCUGAGAUUGAAAUUCUGAAGAGAAGAAAGAAAGAAGAAAUAGAGAAACAACAAGUUCUUGAAAUACAGGAACUUGAAAAAGCAAGCAAGAUUCUUGGAAAGCAGUGUCUGAGUGAGAUGAAUGAAGAAGUUCUGUUAAUUCUUCAUGCUCAGGCCAGACAACUACAGGAGGUGAUCAAGUUCAAACUUGGAAUCUCAAACACAGUUCAAAAAACCUUGAAAAUUCCUAGUACAAUCACUGACUCUUCAUCUUACUCUUCUUCUUCCUUUCUUCCUACUCCUUCUUCUUCUUUGAAUCAGAAGAAAACAUAUGCUCAAGCAGCUGAAUCUGCUGUCUCUAAACCUGCUGUCUCAAAACCUGCUCAAAAUCCUGAGAAAACUGAGAAGAAUACUGCUCAUGCCUCUAUUCAUAGAAAAGUGGAAAAGAAAAUGCAAAAAGAGAAAAACUUCCAAAUCUCUAGAAACAGAAGACUCAUUCUCAAAGUCUCAAACCAGGACAUUCUGCAAAGAAACAAGCUAAACUCAAAUCUCAUUUUCAGAAUCAGAAAUGAAAUUAAUCAGCAGUUCUUUUCUCAGUUGAUGACUGAUAUUGAAGUUCAAAAACCAGUUAUAGCUUCAAUUGAGUCAUCAUUCUUUGGAAACUCUAUUAUUCUGACUACAAUGCCUGAAUUCAGUGCUGAAUUCCUUAUUCAGAAUGAGAAUCUCUGGAAGUCAGCAGUAGAAUCAUUGCUAAACACAACAAUUCUAUCUGAAAGAGAUGAAAAGUGGGGCAAAUUCAUUCUUCAUGAUAUUCCAGUUGAAAUUUUUGACUGUGAAGAAGGAAUGCUACUUCUCAAAAAUGAAUUGGAAGAAUACAACUCCAUUCAACUGAGAAAGGAGCCUUCAAAGAUCUCUGAAGUAAGAGUAGCAGAGAUACAAAAUGUGCAUUCUGUGCCAGAGAUCACAAAACUAGUGAGCAUAAAUGUGAAACAUGCUCAAAAAGAGGUGAAAUUUGUCAACAUACUCUGCUUAAGUGCUCUAAUUGCAAAGAAAAACAUGCAUCUAGCUCUAAAGAAUAAUUUGAAUCCUCAAACUCCUGUUAAGAUUAGAGAAUUGAGAAAUGACUCUGGUGAUAAACUAGAUAUAAUGCAAGCAGUUGAGAUUCCUACUUUUCAGAACAGUUAUAAUCUACUAUCUGAUGAUAGUGAUUAG